AUGGCUAGCAAUCAUGGAGUGAUUCAGAGGCCAGGCAUCGUGUCAACACCAACCAAACCGGCCGAUUCCGAGGAUUCGAUCGGAAAGAAGCCUUACGAUUCCGAACGACCGGAGUUCAAACUAGUAUGCCCUUUCAGCAUCCCUUCAAGCCCCGAAGCAGCUUCUCUCCGAAUUAUAAAAAACUUAGGCCACUUUGCGUUGCACUACACACAUUUUGUGUGGAUUGUUCUGUUCAUCACCCUCAUCCCAGUACGUAAGGUCUCUCUGAUUUAUUUGGUCAUUAUGACUUAUGUGGCAUCUCUUUACCUACUGUUACUUCGUGCCCUACCAAGUUCUUACUUGCUACACAAGGUUAUUAGUAAAAAUAUAGUGCUUGGCUUGAUAGUUAUUGCAACUAUGGUUGAGCUCAUAGUAACAGAAGCUGGCUUGCAUCUUGUCAUCACCUUAGCAGCCACGAUUCCUAUUGUUCUGGUUCAUGCUGUUUUGUGGGUUAGAGAGGAUUUCUGUGUUGAGGAUGGGACUGCUGCUGCUGCUGCUGCUGGGGAUUUGGUUCCUCUUGCUGAUGAGUCAACGGCAAUGGUGUGA